AUGGGAGGAGGCGAUAUUUCUAAAGAGAUGGGUGGUUGUUCAUUAGCUUAUCGCCGCGGAGAUCAGAAAUUAAGGAAGUUCGUGACGGCGAGGAGUACUAAGUUUCUUCUGUUUUGCUGCAUCGCUUUCGCUUUGAUCACACUCACUUGCCGAUCUUCUCGGCCUUGGGUUAACAGUUCAAUCGCCGUCGCAGAUCGGAUCUCCGGAUCAAGGAAAGGUUAUACACUUGUGAUGAACACAUGGAAGAGAUAUGAUCUUUUAAAGAAGUCUGUUUCCCACUACGCAUCAUGUUCUAGGCUUGACUCUAUCCACAUUGUGUGGAGUGAACCUAAACCUCCAUCAGAUUCACUUAAGGAGUAUCUUCAAAAUGUUAUAAAGAAGAAGUCACGAGAUGGGCAUGAAGUUGAGCUUAGAUUCGAUAUAAACAAAGAAGACAGUUUGAACAACAGGUUUAAAGAGAUUAAAGACUUGAAAACAGACGCCGUCUUCUCGAUAGAUGAUGAUAUCAUAUUUCCUUGUCACACGGUGGAUUUUGCAUUCAACGUUUGGGAGAGUGCUCCAGAGACAAUGGUGGGGUUUGUGCCUCGUGUGCAUUGGCCUGAAAAAUCGGAUGAUAAAGCCGAUUACUAUACCUACAGCGGAUGGUGGUCUGUUUGGUGGAGUGGUACAUAUAGCAUGGUACUCUCAAAGGCAGCCUUCUUCCACAAAAAGUACCUCAGCCUUUACACAAACGACAUGCCUGCAUCUAUCAGAGCAUUCACAACCAAGAAUAGGAACUGUGAAGAUAUUGCAAUGUCAUUCCUCGUCGCAAAUGCUACAAACGCGCCUCCUAUAUGGGUUAAAGGCAAGAUAUAUGAAAUCGGUUCAACAGGAAUCAGUAGCAUAGGAGGGCACACAGAGAAAAGAACACACUGCGUAAACCGGUUUGUAGCAGAAUUCGGGAGAAUGCCACUUGUUUACACUUCCAUGAAAGCCGUCGAUAGCCGCAAUUUAUGGUUCUGGUGA